AUUCAACAUGAUAAAAACAAUCUCGGUACUUUUUCUGGUCGUGGCGUUGGUUAGUGGCCGAAAUAUUAACAGGGCUGGCAUUGAUAUGAUUAAAUCGUCCGAAAGGUUCGUGGCCAAUUUCUAUGCCGAUCCAGUGGGUAUCCCUACGGUAGGCUACGGACACAAUUGCAAUGCCCUGGGAUGCGACACAAUUCGCGCGCCGCUCACACAGGCACAGGGCGAGGCACUAUUAUUAAAGGACCUAGCGCAGUAUCAAAACUGUGUCAAUGAUCAAGUGCCAUUUGUCAACGAUAAUCAAUUCGCCGCCUUGGUAUCGUUUACAUUCAACUCGGGCUGCGCUGCCCUCAAGAACUCUACCCUAUUGAAGUACGUGAAGGCCAGGGACUACUCGGCCGCCGCUAACGAGUUCGGCAAAUGGGUUAAAGGGGGUCCCGAAGGACACAAGCAAACUCUGAAGGGACUCGUCGCCCGACGGGAGCGCGAGAGACAGCUGUUUGUUGCCUAA